UCCACUUGAGACCUGAGGAAAUCCAGCCCAAGUUCUCCGCGAUGACUGCGCUGCUGGCAUCGGGGUUUCUCCACGGCAUCCCUGCCUCCGGAGCGCCGCGCCGCUGCUCGCUCUGAAUCCUCGGCGCCGGGUGAAAGCUUAAUUCUCAUGCCGUGGUUGCUGGGCUGCUGCUUUCCUGCGUUUUGCGAUGGGAGGUGGAGGAGAAGGGAUUGUCCUUGAGUCAACGCUGAAAAUGUGAUUAGGAAGAACUGCUUUCACUAAUUUUUGUCUAACCUUUUAGUCCAUGUUGGCCUGUGACCCCUCGCAGCUUUCAGACCGAGCCUGAUUAGACCACGACACUGGUCUCCUUAUGGAAGCAGCUGUUUCUAUCCGGCCCUGAGAUCCCAUGGAGAAGCUGAGGAGGGGGAUGGCUCUUCACAUCCAUGAAGCCUGGAUACUGCUGUUUGUAAUCCCUGGCUUGGUCACGCCGGCUGCCAUCAACCACGAAGACUACCCCGCCGAUGAAGGGGACCAGACCUCCAGCAAUGACAAUCUGAUCUUUGAUGACUACCGAGGGAAGGGUUGUGUGGAUGACAGUGGCUUUGUGUACAAACUGGGAGAACGCUUUUUCCCGGGGCAUUCCAACUGUCCCUGCGUUUGUACUGAGGAUGGACCUGUUUGCGAUCAACCCGAAUGCCCUAAAAUCCACCCAAAGUGUACAAAAGUGGAACACAAUGGAUGCUGUCCAGAAUGCAAGGAAGUGAAAAACUUUUGUGAAUAUCAUGGAAAAAAUUACAAAAUAUUGGAGGAAUUUAAGCCCUCGCCAUGCGAAUGGUGUCGCUGCGAGCCCAGCAAUGAAGUUCACUGUGUUGUAGCAGACUGCGCAGUUCCCGAGUGUGUCAACCCGGUCUAUGAACCAGAGCAGUGUUGUCCGGUCUGCAAAAAUGGUCCCAACUGCUUCGCAGGAACCACCAUCAUCCCCGCGGGCAUUGAGGUGAAGGUGGACGACUGCAACAUCUGCCACUGCCACAACGGGGACUGGUGGAAGCCGGCGCAGUGCUCCAAGCGCGAGUGCCAGGGCAAGCAGUCUCUGUAGCAGCAGAACCCCUCACUGCCACCGCGAGCACGGCUCCAACGCGUCCCAGCUCCUCCAGCUGCUGCAGGGUCACCACCGAGGCCACCGGGCGCUCGUGGAGGGACAGGGUUUCCCUCCCUGCCUUCUUGCUUUCGGCCCCACGUACCCAGCACCUAGGUAGCUGCUCCGCUUUCGUGAUUAUCGGCGCUCGGUAGGGAUUCCGUGGUGAGAUGUGGAGGGGGAAGAGAAGAGAGAACGCAACGUACUGCGCAAGCUCUUUGACUGGCGAUGGCUGCGAGGCGCCGCUUCGCUCACUGCUCUCACUUCCGACGGCGCGGAUCGCGGUUUUCCACGGUCAUUUCUUUUGCUGUUGUGAUUUAUUUAUGACAACUUUUUUAAGCCGA